GGUCCAAUUAGAAAAUCACAUUCCCAAAUCUGAACAACCUAACCCUACUACCGGUGUACCAAUUAUCCGAUCUACCAUCUCUCGCUACCGCGCAUCUUUCAGCCGGUCGUACGCGAUAUUGCUCUCCUCUUCCCCUUAGGUCGGACGCAGUCUACACCACGCCAUUCUUCUGAUAUCCCCAGUUGAGAAGAAAAUUGAAUUUAGAAUAUAGAAUGGGAAAGAGGAAGUCGAGGGCCAAGCCAGCUCCCAAGAAGAGGAUGGACAAACUUGAUACUGUUUUUGACUGUCCUUUCUGCUGUAAUGUGAAGAGUGUGGAAUGUCACAUUGAUAUGAAGAGCUUGAUUGCUGAAGCACACUGCCGUGAUUGCAAAGAAAGCUAUAGCACAACCGCUACAGCUUUAACUGAGGCUAUAGACGUAUAUAGCGAAUGGAUUGAUGAAUGUGAACGAGUUAACAACCUUGAAGAUGAUGAUGAUCUAAGAACCUACAAGAGUGGGGGUAGUAGGCAGGAGCAAGAUAUUGAUGACCUUGAUGAUGAUACAAGAGGAGGAUCUUACAAGAGGUCUAGGCAGGAACUGGGCGGCAAUGAACUUGAUGAUGAAGAUGAUGAUGAUAUAAGAUCUUACAACAAGAGGCCUAGGCUGGAACAAGUUGAUGACCUUGAAGAAGAAGGAGAAUAUGAGGACGAUGACGAUGAUUUAAGAUCCCACAAGAUGCCAUCUAGACGAGUUCAUGACCUUGAUGAUGAUGAAGAGGUGGAGGAAGAUGAGGAGGACGAGUUGUGAGGAAGCCCAUAAAGAAGACAGACUGAUGACUGCCUUGGAAUAUUGGAACCUUAAAUGUGUCCUUUCAUUUUUCUGGAUCUAAUGUAUAAGCGUAUGACUGCCUUUCCUGUGAAGCAGUUGAGAGUGGCUUGUUGAAUGCAGCUAUUCUAGUGUGACAUAGUUUAAUACUAGGGUAUAAGACAAGUAUGUGCGGUUUAUGAUGUUGUGACUUGUGAUGAAGUUAAUUCUAUUACUCCGUAUGAUAAUAUAUACUCCGUACUACCUUUGUCCCAGUGACUUUGCACUCUUUGAAUUAGGUAAUUAGGUGAGAAAUAAGAAUAAUAAAAAUUGUGUGCUUGAAAUUUG